ACAGUAGCAACAUUUCCAGAGUGCACAAUUUAUUUGAACGUUACAUUAUCUAUUAGCAGAAUGUUUCGCCGCUCAAGACUCAGCAUAAAACCUAAUGUGAAACCUGGUGGAAGAGGCUCAUCACAGACAAGCAAGGAAGAUGACAAGGACCAUACCUCCGUCCAGCAAUCAAGUCCUGAAAGAAACACUUCCAAUGAAAAUGAUGCUUCUGAGUCUCAAGUUGUGAUAUCCGUUCCGCCAGUGCCACCGCCUAAUGCAAGCAGAGAACAGGAAGAAAGAGAUGACCCAGAUGAGCAGCAGGAGAAUGUUCCAAUUAAUAAGAAUGACAAGAAUGAUAAGACUGGAGAACCUGGUGUCAAUAGUAAACUCUCUGUGGCACUUUUGCAAAGGAGGAAGCGUUUCUCUACCAUGCCAAAUUUAGCCAAACCCAGAUCUACGUCUACAUCUGCAUCUACACAACCAUCAAGCAGCAUAACAUCAAAAACUCUUGCUCAACAACAAACUUCAUUAACGUCUGGAGCCAAUACUGCAUCUGUUCAAGGUAAAGCCUCUCCAUCGCAGACCUCUGCUACUGACAAACUGCUUCCAAAAUCACUGGACAAACGCAAGCCCUCUUCAGGACAACUUAAUAAAUUGCCAGAAAAGAAAACCCCAAUUCCUCAAGUACCUCAGUUUUCUCCAGUUAAAAGUCCUGUGCACAAAGAUCCAGCUAUUGGCACCAAUACUAUUCGCUCACCUAUGACACGGAAGACUCUGUCCUCACCACUCAAGGAGAGGGUUAUGACAAGCAGCCCACCUACGAAAGGAAUUGUACCAUCCCCAAAUCACUCACCUGUACGCCCUAAAUCAGCAAAAAUUCCAUCUGACCUUGAACGACUGAGGAAAGCUCGAAAACUGCGUGAAAUGCUAAAAGAAGAGUUGAGGAAAGAGAAGAAAGCUCGCAGAGAAACAAUUCCAGUUUGGGAAACUGGUAAUCCCCCAGAACGUACUAAAAUGACAAUGAGAGAUUUUAUCUACUACUUGCCUGAUACAAAUCCAAUGCUAUCUUCAUUUGAAGAAGAAAAAAGACCAUCUUUUCCAGUUUUAACCAAAGAGCCUGAAGUGGGAACAAUUAAUCCACCAGCUAAUGAGGAUGAAGAUGAAGAAUCGGAUGAUGCGGUUUUGGGUCCACGUGUCAAAGUGGCUGAAGAUGGCUCUAUUAUUAUUGAUGAAGAAAGUUUAACGGUUGAGGUUUUGAGGAAGAAAGGACCGAUUGUUGAAGAAAACGAUCCCAUUUUUGAACGCGGUUCUCAAACGACUUAUUCCAGUUUUAGGAAGAGCACACACACAAAGCCAUGGUCUAAUAAAGAAACAGACAUGUUCUUUCUAGCAAUCAGUAUGGUUGGGACAGAUUUCUCUAUGAUUGGUCAGUUAUUCCCCAACAGGACAAGAAUAGAAAUAAAGAACAAAUUUAAACGUGAAGAAAAGUUGAAUUCAUGGAGGAUUGACAAAGCAUUCAAGGAGAAGAAACCUCUCGACCUGGAUUUUUUUGGAGAGUUACUAACCCGAGUUUUAGAAGCAGAGUCAAAGAGAAAGAAAGAAAAGGAUGAGAAAACAAAAACUCAAGCUCCAAGAAAGCCAUCUAAGAGCAAACGGAACAGGAAAGGCAAAAAUGUGACGGAACCAGAAAGUGAUCCUGAUGACCCUGAUCCAGUCGAAUUUGCUGACACUGAAUUAACUGAAGUUGAUUCCAAUUCUGUAGUGGAUGGAACUGAAGCAUCUUGCAGUGUAGAAGGUCAGGAAGAUGCACAGAAAAAAGAAAGUACGUCAAAGCCCCAUCCAACUAAACGCAAACGAAAACGGAAAAAAAAACUUACUGCAGAGCCAGCAGAGCAAGAAACGACUAAAGAGCCACCUCAUGAAGGAAGUAGUUCUCAGGAAUCAAAGCAGGAAGUGCAGGAGUGCAAGAUCGGAACUCAAAAAUCUUCAGAUUUGCUUUCUGCUGAAGAAGACAAUGUUGGAGACCAGAUUGCAGAAGGUGAAGAUGAAUGCCACGUAGUGAAUGGUGAAAUAUCGCUUGAGCAAGGGAUCGCUGAAAAUAAACAGCCUUCCGAAACAAAGAAAAAAGUGAAUCACAAUGUUGAAAGUCAUUCUGUGAGUGAUCAUGAAAGUGAAGCACCAUCAAAAACAACUCCACCAGUUACAACAAAAACUUCUAAGAAAUCUCAAUAUGUUCGUGUUCAAAAACUUAAACCCAACUUAAAAGCAAACAGAACAAAAAGAGUAGGAGGAAAAGAUGACGAUAAAACUGCCUCACAAGCUAUUAGAUUUAGUGAUGGUGACAACAAGGAAGGCAAGAGUGAAGAAGUGCAAGAAUCAUCUGUACAGCAUGAGGAUGCUCCCAAUUGUGAUCCCCCUGAGAUCAUGAAUAAUGAAGCAUCAGAAAAGGAAAUCAACAGUGUCACAGCUGAUAAAACCAAGAAAAUAUUGGAAAGUAAAGCACAAGGUUCUGACACUGAAUCAUGGCCUAUGGAGAAACAAGAGGAAUCAAGGGCCAAACCAAACUCUGCAGUAAGGAGACGAUUCCAGAAGCCUAAGCCAAACUUGGGAAAAGCAGUUGUGUUAAUUGAUGAAAAAAAGAUUGCUUCAGAACAAGACAAAGUUAUUACAACCGAAGAGGAUCUAGAUUUCAGUCCAAAUAUCCCUGUUACUGAAGUUUGUGAAGUCAUUGAGAGGACUGGAUCUGAUCCUUAUUUUGCUUCAGACGUACAAACUGUGGAUACUUUAAUAACCAAUAACAAGCAGGUACAGCAGGAUGCUGUGCAGGUUUCAUCAGGAGCCAGUGAAUCAAUAGUCCCAGUAUCUCAGUCAAAAGUGCAGUCUCUGGAGGCAGCCACUAAUUCUAUGGAAAUAGAGACACAAAGUAUUAUGGCUUUAGAUUCUGAGAUGUCGCAAAGAGGCUGGCAGGAUUCUAACAAAUUGCAGCAAUCAGGAAUGCCAUCUGAGUGUGACGGUCAGGAAGAACAUGAAGAUUUGAAGCUGGAUUCCAUCCAGGACAACAUUAUUAGCAAACCAACUAGGUCUGGAAGGCAGCCCAGACCAACAGCAUUUUAUAAAUCUUCAGCAGAACAUAAACCAUCAGCAGCUUCUCCAUUAUUACCUGAGGCAGAAAGUGAGGAUAAAAGCAGGAGUAGACGUGCACGGUCUCAAAAAACUAAACCCAAACUCAGCAAAAGCUUGAGUAAGAAGGAGACUGUAACUAAGAAUGCUGGGAAAGGUCAGGGAAUUUCAAAAGCGAAACUUGUGACCUUGAGAGCAUCCCAGGAAGAUGAUGAUGAUGAUGAUGAUGAACCUGAGCCAGUAGAAGAGGAUGAUGUCUAUCUCAUCAAUCCUGAGGAGGUCAACAAAGUUCCAGCUUUUGUGCCAAUCAGCUUACGAUCUCCUGAACCUGUUCAUACUGAAGUUGAGGAAACCAUGGAAGAGCUUGAAAUAGCAGUUAAUGUUUCAGACAAGAACUAUGAAAGUGAAACUGAACAGGCACUCCAUGAGUCACCUGCUAAAAGUGAGCCCAGUCAGUCAUGCGGCUUAGCUCCAGAAGAAGAUUACAAUUCAGCAACUACUGAUCAGAUUGAACUUUUUGUUGAGGUUAUUGAAAUUGCAAAUGAAGAUACAAGUCAAGAAGAGGAAUAUCCUGAUACAGAGCCUGGUGAUGAUUUACAAGAUGCUGUGUGCGCAAAUGUAAGCUAUGUGGAUCAGAAGAACUUGGAGCAGGAAACUAUCCUUGGUAGUGAUCCUCCUCCUAUGCCGAUUGUAGAGCAUGACACUGCACCUGAUGUAACUGAUGUAUGCACUGAAUCUAGGAGACUUGGUGAGCAACAUAUUCCAACAGAGAAGAAUGUGAAGGAUGGGUUUGAUUUGGAAGAACUUACUCUUCCUAAAGAAGAUUCUCACAAUGCUACUGUUAGUAGCUCUUCAGUCACUGAGCAGAUGAGUUCACAGACAAACCAAGUCAUAAAAAGAUGCAGAUUUUUAAAACCAAAACCCAACCUCAGUAAAACCACUUCAAGAAGCCAUGCUAAAAAGAUGUGUCCUAUUACAGAGAGUAGAUCUGUACAGAACUCUAUAGAACCAUCUGAAACAACAUUGCAGAAGUCAAAUUAUGACAAUGAAACAAAGGAGAAUCAUGGUGACUCCUUGCAACUCCACCUGGCUACAGCAGAAGCUGAUAAACAGGACCUAACCAUGGAGGAAGUUUCAGUUGAGCAACCAAGUGAUAAGGUGUCAUUCCCUGACGAGCAAGAGAAAUGUGUGGGAAAUCAAGAGCAAAUGAACAAAACUGAACACCAGGGCUAUAGGACCAAGCAUCCUUGUGAAAAGGUGUCAAUACUUGGGGAACAAGACGUGGGGCAUGGAAAGAAAUCUAGUAGGACUGAGCAUUUGAAUGAUGAUACUCGGCAUGUGGUUGAACAUUUAUCAAUACCUGAACAACAAGAUCAAUACACAGAAGAUGAAGAGCAACGGAGUAGGACACAGCAUCUGAAUGAUGAGAUUCAGCAUGUGGUUGAGCAGUUAUCAAUACCUGAGCAACAAAACCAGUGUGUGGAAGAUGAAGAACAGCAACUGGGUAGUACUCAGCAUCUGAAUGAUGAGACUCAGCAUGUGGUUGAACAGUUAUCAAUACCUGAACAUCAAGAUCAAUAUAUGGAAGAUGAAGAGCAACCGAGUAGGACACAGCAUCUGAAUGAUGAGAUUCAGCAUGUGGUUGAACAGUUAUCAAUACCUGAACAACAAGAUCAAUACACGGAAGAUGAAGAGCAACUGAGUAGGACACAGCAUCUGAAUGAUGAGACUCCGCAUGUGGUUGAACAGUUAACGCUGCCUGAGCAACAAGACCAAUACGUGGACGAUGAAGAGCCAUUGAGUAGGACUCAGCAUGUGGUUGAACAGUUAACAAUACCUGAACAACAAGAUCAAUAUGUGGAAGGUGAGGAGCAACCGAGUAGGACUCAGCUUCUGAAUGAUGAGACUCAGCAUGUGGUUGAACAGGUAUCAAUACCUGAACAACAAGAUCAAUACGUGGAAGAUGAAGAGCAACUAAGUAGGACUCAGUAUCUGAAUGAUGAGACUCAGCAUGUGGUUGAACAAUUAUCAAUAUCUGAACAACAGAAGCAGAGUGUGGAAAAUGAAGAACAGCAACUGAGUAGGACUGUGAAUCUGGGUGAUGAGACUCAGCAUAUGGGUGAACAGUUAUCUACAUCUGAACAACAGAACCAGUGUGUGGAAGAUGAAAAAGAGCAACUGAUUAAGACUGCGUAUCUGAGUGGUGAAACUCAGCAUGUGGUUGAACAGUUACCUGAACAACAAAACUUGUGUGUGGAGGAUAAAAAACGGAGUAGGACUCAGCAUCUGGGUGAACAGUUAUCACUAUCUAAGCAACAAGACCAAUGGGUGGAAGAUGAAGUGCAACUUGAAAGAAUUAAGCAACUGGAUGCUAGAACUGAGUAUCUGAGUGCAAGUGUGUCUCCAACACAUGAUCAACUACAUACAACAUCUGAAAUUCAAGAAGCACAAUUGGGCAUGUCCUCUGCAUACCUCACUCAAUCCACGUUGAGUCCGUGUCAGAGAACUGAUGCAAAGCUAUUCAUACAGGCUCCAGAAUCAAAUGCUGAUGUUUCAUAUUUUGGUUACUCCCAACAGAUUAAUAUCACAGAAGCUCAAACUUCAGAACACCAGGAGACGUUGAACACUUCGGAGGAAAACUUAGAGCACAUGAUGGCAAUGGGAAAUCCAAAUGAAGAGACAUUUGUAUUAACCCUAGUUGAGAUACCAGCCUACUCCUUAGUGGAUUAUGGUGCUUCUUCUGCUUCCUUCACUCCUGUUUCAGAAGGCACCUUGACGAUUGCUGAAUCAGUCCUUCCCUUGCCAACAGAAAAUGCUGAGGUUACUGAAACAGCAAGUUAUGCACCUGCAUGCAGCCCUGAACCACCAGUGGAGGCACCCACAGUAUCUAGUGUGUCAGAAGCUGUGCGAUGUACAGAAAGUACACAACAACAAUGGAGCUCAAAUGUGCCAAGAUCAAAUUUAGGACAGAUGAAAAGGAAAAGAAAAGCUCCCGCUUUUGAUGAUGAACAAGAUCCUCCUAUUAAAAAGAGUCCAGCAACGAUAUCAAUCAAUGAGGAAGCAACAGAAAGGGUUCAAUUAAAUGAAGGGACUGCUCCAUCAAAAUUAGCCAUAUUUACUUCACUUGAGGAAUGUCCAGCAGCUAUAAGAAGUGGUAUGAUAAAUUCUGGUGCUGAAGAAAUGAAUCUUCAAUUGGAAUCCACAGAAGGCUUCACAUCUACCCCCCUGGAGAGUGUUGGCAAUCCUGUUCCUGUUGAAGCAGCGACUGAGACACAUUCUGUUUCAGUUAAAGAAAUAAAAAAGUCUAUUUCACAGAUAAGAAGAGGAAAACUCACAGUGAAACCAAAUAUUCCUACAAAGAGAGCUACUUGUACUCUUGAUACGAGCAAAAAUAAAAAUGCUCUGAAACUUCCAAAAACUCCAAAAAAUUCACCUUCUGGAAAUAUUUUACAUGCUGAAGGAGCAUGUAGUUUGUCAGUUGAUAUGAACUUUUCACAACAAAAGCCAGAAUCUGCAUUCCACAAUCAGGAUCAAACUGACGGACAAGAACAUGCAGCUACCACUGAAGCAGGACAUUCUACACAGACUCGAGCAGCAGACAUACAUGCGGGUGCAGUGGUGGAUACAGAUAUGGGAAUGACAGCAGAACAAUCUGAAAGUAGUACGCAAGAAAAAGCUUCAACUUCUAGUACAAGUCUAACAAGACCUGCACGUAAACCGCGAGGAUUUUUAUCGUUUAUAUCUAAAAAACCCUCUGAGAGUGAAAGCACAACCAAACCUCAAAGGACAACAUUUCUGAAACCCUGCGUGAGUCUUCCAAAGUUUGCUAGAAAAAGACCAACCCCAUCUGAGGAAAAUCCUGAGGAAACAGAAACAAGUACUUUACCUGCUGCAAAAAGGAAAUCAUUUGAAAAGGCAGGUGGGCACCAACCUGACAGCCAAAGUGCCCCAACUGAAGUAAGGUAUAGCUCAUCAUUGCAAAGUUGGGAGUCGGAGUCUUACACAGAGGAAGCCUGCUGUGCAAUGGAACAAGAUAUAGAACAGAUGCAGCCAACAAGAGUUGCUGAAUAUUUCUUCAGUGAUAUUUUCACAGAAGUGGAAGAGGACGAACAAGAAUGAUGAAAGAAAACCUUAUAGCUGCAUAUUUAAUUGGUGCUGGUACAUUAUAUAAUGUGAUAUGUUCAAUGAUAUGACACAAUCACAGAAUUGGAGGAGAAGUGACAUUAAAUUAUACAAACAUUGUUUGCUUUUACCAGUUUUCUUUGCACUGAGAUCUCCUAUAAAAUACUAUUUUCAUGAUAUGAAUAUGAAAACAAAAGGCUGGUUAAUCACUUUAUAAUAUUAACCUUUAUUGGUAGGAAAUACCAAAAUUUUACAGGCCGAUUUGUUGUAACAAAAUCUUUCUUAGCAAAUACAUAGGCAUUAAAGAAAGCUGCUGCUUUACUCUUCACAAUAUAUGAUAACUCCAUUAACUGUACAAUAAGUUCAUGUUUCAUCCAAAAGUUGUUUACAGUAUUGAUGAAUUACCAAUAAGUUUCUCCUUGAAUCUCAGUGAUUCCUUUGUUAUAUAGGAUGCUUUUGCCCUAUUGGAGCACACACUACAAAGUAGGAAAGAUAAUUUGCAUUUUCAUUUUUCUUGCAGAGAAAGGAGUAGCAGAUGUGUGCUUUAUUUUAGUAAUCCACAAUUUGGUAUUGAUGCUUAGUAAACAGAUGACACCCUCAAAGUACUGCACUUUAACAUCCAAGUAUUUAAUCAGGAUCACUUUUUAAAUAUUAAACUUAGAAUCCAAAAUACUAAUGGGUUAUGAUAUAUUUUGAUAAUUGCAUUUCCCAGACUGCCUUUUUUUGAAAAGAUGUAUGAUUUGAAUGAUAUAUUUUUGCUUAAGAUAAAUUUUAAAUACAUCAGAAUGAAGCAAUAAAUAGUGGAAACAAAUUUGAAAGCCCAAAUGAAACAGAACAAAUACAAAUAUAUAGUUAGUCUAAUUGAAAAGGAUAAACUAUAAUAAUUCAUUGACAUCUAAACUGUCAGUGAGUUUUAAGUUCUUGGAUGUAAAUUAUAUCAGUAAUGGGAUGAAAUGAAGUUCAGGGCUGGAUAUUUUUGUGUAUAAAUUGUUACACAAAUGGUUGGGUAUUAAAUCUGAUACCAACUGUUUCUUUCAAGAGAAAGUUAUUCAGAAAAUUGCACUGUGAUAAAUUUACAACGUUGUUAGACUUCAAUCUGUUUAAGUAGGGGUGUAAUGAUGUAGAUUGCAUGUUGUUUGGUGAACAUUUCUGAAGGUCAGGAUCUUUGUCUUUGUUACCUCAUUUUAUUUUAUUUUUAAAGAAUGUGCCUUGUCUAGCAAAUAUAUUCAUAGUUCAAAUUCAAUGUUUCUUGAAGGUGCUGUUCCUUUAAAGUUUCAGAAUGAUUGCUGCAUGUUUGACUGAUCAGAAGGAAAUGUACAAAUUUGGAUGUGAAACAGAUAUCUCCAAUGACAGCCCAACUUUAAAACUUUCAAUGAUUGAUUUAUAUAAAAUUGCUGUGGACUGAGAUUUAUUUGCAUGUCAUACAUGUCAACAAUGAGAUACACAAGUUUUCUUUUUGUGAAAUUACUAGCACUUGUGUUUGUGUUCUUUCAAUGCAAUUGUAAACAAAAUGUAGAGAUUUAUAGAUAUCCAUUUGUGUUAAAUGCGAAGUUAUUCAAAUUUCUUUUGAAGCUUUCUUUUUUAAAAGUCUGUUAUAUAUGUUUCAUUCGUUAACAUUAUAACCAUGUGAAAUGUUAAUUGGACUGUAUUUUAAUGUGGGCUCAGAAUCACAUUUGCAGAUAAUUAUCUCACGUUUUGUAUAUUAAUUAUUAUUUAAAAUCAUCCUAAUGUGGCUGUAAUAUUUAUAUUGACCUCGAGAUGGGAGAAAAAAUUAGGAACUCAAUUAUUUUGAACAAAUUAAAAUGUGAGCCUGUUACAACUGUUAAGUGACCCAACUGUAACCCAUGCUGUAGAAUAUUGAUAUUUGAGACAGCAUAUCUUAAAAAUGAUUAAGAUUUAUUUGAUAUAUCAAAAAAGACUUAAAGGGUUGAAGAAACGGAUUCUAAAACCAGGAUCUUGUGUUGUGGUGCAAGGCUCCAACUGUGAUUGGAGAUAAAUCUCAUAGUUGUAUGUAAUUGAUUUCAUAGCUAGGCGAGAAUGAAGAAAUAGUCUUUCAACAUUGACAAUAUACGAUCAUCAUUCUCUGGAACAUUAGCUUCAGAAGUUUUAUGAAAAAGCUGUAGCAAAUUCUGACUGAUAAUUGGGCAAAAAGAGGGAGAAAUUCAUCUUAAGCAGUGACAUAAAAAGAUAUUGGAUAAGCCAUCCAUUGCAUUUAAUGGAACUGAACAUCAAGCACUGUGUAUAAUGGGCAGCUGAUCCAGUACUGCUGUUUUAUGCCACUACUAUGAAUUCCUAACCAGUAUUGUUAAGAGCAGUUUCAAAGUGUUGAUGAGGAACUCAAACAGGAAGUAACUAACAAGUUAAUUAUGUAAAACUUCACAGGUAAAGCUAAUACGUGUGGCAAUACACAAGAAAUUAUUUGAAUUUAUCUUGUCCCUGACAAAGCAACUGGGUCAGUUGCACCACUCAUAUAGAUAGACUAUAUAUAUGUGUAAAUUACAGUUAAAGCAUUGUUCACAUGGUUACAAAUAUGUAUUGGUUGUUUACUGAAUGACUAAUUCCAGAGUCAUUACAACAUCUUCCUUGUUUGGAAGGCACAUUACAGUAUUACUGCAUAGAUGUAUUAAUCUGUGGACUGCUUGUAAAUUCUGUAAAUAAAACAUUCUUUUAUAUUUUU